UUGAUUUGCGAAAUACUAUUUGUGGUUGUAAAUUAUCUCUCGUGCCAACCAAAAAAAAUAGAACAGAUUUAGUGAAACAAGUGUAUACACGCCUUUAUGAACCUACUUGGGUGACACCAAAGUUUGAAUAUAUUCAUGAAAGAGUUUUCGAACACAAUUAUCAAAUAAAUUUGAAAAAAUCUUUUCAGUUUUCUCUUUGUGGACAAUGUCACAAUGUUUUAGUCAAAUUGAACUCCACAAAAGCUAAAAAUAACAAAUAUGAUAAAGAAUAA